AUGCAUUUCCACGGUUUUUCAGAAGAGAUGUCAGUUAUGUCUUAUCUUGCACUUUCGAACUUUCGUCCGCUUUCAUAGCAUACAACUCACAACACAAAGACGUGCUGACUUCCCAUGCAGGCACUUGACAGCGCAGAUUUCCAUCGUUCAAUGUUCGCAAGCGCAACCGACUGACAGGGGGAACUACCGCACUACAACAGAAUAAAGCUGGAGUGUAUUUUGUGGUCUGGUCCACAGAUUAAAGUGAAAGUUUAUCAUGUGGUCUGGUCCACAACCGACUGACAGGGGGAACUACCGCACUACAACAGAAUAAAGCUGGAGUGUAUUUUGUGGUCUGGUGCACAGAAUAGGCACCGCGUAUUGUAAACGUGCUUUCCGAAGCAGACGACCGCGCUUGGUACUACCCAGUUCAGGACAGAGGGCGCUUUUUAGCACCAUUUUCCACCAUUUUCCAUAGCACCAUUGUUCGAAGCCAGGACAGGUGUACUGAGGACUAAAACGUACCGAGCCAGAUACCAGGAGAUAGAUUUGGUAUGCGAGGCGUGUAGAGAGGAGAAGGAAACGGCGGAACACCUGAUACUUGCUUGUAAACAACUUCACCCUGCAGUUGAAUCUAACGGGGAACUAUUCAAAGCCUUGGGUUUUAAAGACAGUGAAAGUAGAAUAGACUUUGAACAGGUAGAAAUAACUAAACGGAGGCUAUCUGAUUGGUGGACAAUACCAACGCAAAAGUAAAGAGUAAGUACAUAGGUAUACAUGCAUAUAGAACGAUUAAAGGCUAGGUGGCGCGCGUCGCCGCCGCCCGAUUCAAAGGGUUGAGCCACAAUCAUCCAUCCAUCUAUCCAUCCAUCCUUCCGGCUUCCGGCUUUUUGUGCGGGGUGACAUAUACACAUACACUACAGCCCUGACCCACAAAAUAGAGCUGAAGCGUAUUUUGUGGUCUGAUUCAUCUUCCCGCGUUUGUUGGAGCGGGCUUUUAAAUGCGUUACGCGAAGAGUGGAGAGUGCAUAGAGUUUCUAAAAAUACUAAUAUGAAACUCUAUGGGAGAGUGCAGCCAUUGUUCGUACUCCAAAACAAGUGCAAGAAUUGUGUGCUGGUGGUUGCCGACACUUAUUUCAAGCAGCUUGCUGAACUCUCAUGCCCAUUAAGCCCAUCAACGCAGUGAGGCUGCUCAGUUUUGAUAGACAUGGCAUCACAACGCUUUCUACACUCAACCAGCGUUGCAGGCAGCAGCUCAAGCUCAUCACGGUCGCGUGCACCCAGCAACCGAUGGCGAGUUCUUACAAAGUGGGCGAUGUCAAGAUCGUCAUCGGAGUCGUCUCUCAGUUCGACUAUGUUGAAAGAAAGUGACGAUGAAGAUUUGCGUAAAGAGUCGCAGGCGGUUCAGCAACGUUCUCUAACAAGGAGCCCCAGGAGUCCAUUGAAUGGCAACACAAAAUCCAGGUUGCCACAUGAAAACACGAAAAGGAAGCGAGCAAUCAGUGGAGCUGGCUCGCCUCCAAGAAUGUCACCAAGAAAAGUGUCCAGGCCUGAGCUUGAGAAAGUGCCAAGCUCCAGGGCACCUUCACAUUCGACUUCAGUAGCCACUCCAGUAGUUGCACCACCUCGCAGGUCAUUCUGGAGUACUUCUUAUCGUGAAGAGGCUGCUUCUGAUUCCUUGGCGCGAAAUGUUCAAAAUGGUAGAAAAAGUGCACCUGAAGAAAAGUCUGCUGAUGGGUCCAGCAGAGUGAAGCAAGGACAAGCUAAUACAAGUUCGCAGCUUUCUACCAGCAGUCAACAGGGUCUUGCAUCUGAUUCCUCCCGUCAUCAAAAUGCCACUUCAGGACGUGAUGGGACACUGGCCUCAACUUCAAGUGGCAGGAUGACUGUAAAAGAAAAGGCCGCUGUUGAAUUCAGCGCAAUAAGGCGAGGACACACACCUUCCACUUUGCGGUCACCAAGUAAACGCAAGCAGGUUGCACCAAAAAAAGCUGUGAGAAAGCCAAGAUACAAAAUCUUGGGAGAGAUUGAGCGUCAUCAGUCAUCUACAGUGACACUCAUCCCCCGCCUUCCAUUUGCUCGUGUUGUGCGCGAGAUUCUUUUUAGUAUAACUGGUGAUAAUUUUAAGAUGCAGAAGCUGGCCCUGAAGGCACUCCAUGAGGCCAGUGAAGCAGUCAUAGUGGCGCUUUUGGAAGGUUCUAAUGAUCUUGCUCAUCAUGCUCACCGUGUCACAAUUAUGAACAGGGAUUUAGAUAAAUUGCUUACCUUGAUAAAGAGCUAUGGCGACCUUCAUGGCUGCCUCUCCUAAAGGCAUUAAGUCUUUUCAUGAUGGUUUUAAUGCAAAAUAGUCAUGCAGUAAAAUUAACAACUUGCCAGAUCUGUGUGGUCUGCGUGGAAACAAUGAAAAUAGUGAGAAAUAUUAAUCGCUUUUAUUCUGCCUAAUUCAUAAUCACGUUUGACUUAUCCAGUUACAGUGGAGUGAAAUUUUUUUUAUACUCAUACUUGCGUUUUACUGUAUACUAUUUGAGGUGUCAGAUAGUACAAAUAAAGUUGUUUAAAAGCUUC